UUUUUUAGGGAACUGUCAAUGUCACUUUAGACAUUGUUUUCCUAAAAGUUUAUUUCGUAAAUAAGAAUUACAAACAAUUUUAUCCAAUUUAUAGACUUGCUCAAACUAAACGUGAUGUGAAGUAUAGGGAACUUCAUUCGAUCAGUACUUUUCAUCAUGGAUAAAUUAACAGUUAUAUCCGGAACACUUUUCAUGGCCGCAGACGUAUUUGCCAUUGUGAGUCUUGCAAUGCCCGAUUGGAUAAUAACAGACGUUGGAGGGGACACGAGACUCGGCUUAAUGUGGUCAUGUAUUACUUUAUACAAUCGCCCCCAAGUUUGUUUUACUCCUGACCUUCAGCCUGAAUGGUUACUGGCUUUGAUUUGUAUAUUCAUAGGAUGCAUCUGCAUAACAACUACAGUUAUUCUUUUAGCAUCUAGCCACUUUGAUCGCAAUGUCAUUCCAUAUGCAAGAUGGGUAGGAUUUGCUGCAAUGGUAGUCUUCUGCCUUGCAGCUGUUAUAUUCCCAAUGGGUUUUCAUGUAGAUGAAAUUGGAGGCCAGCCUUACCAGUUGCCUAACAGCCAUCAAGUGGGAAUCUCUUACAUACUAUUUGUAUUAUCAUUGUGGAUUACUGUGAUAUCAGAAUUAUUUGCAGGAAAAGUGUGUUUACCUCACUUUUAACUUUAACUUGUUCACUUUCACUAAGUAUUAAGUAGGUUUGUGUAAGUUAUGGUGUUUAUUGCUAUUAUGAAUUAUAUUUAAUCAAAACAUUCCAUUUCUAUUUAAAA